AUGGCCACACUGACUUACCCCACCACCACCACCACCACCAUCAGAGCCACCAAACCCACAUUAUCUCUCAGAAAACCCACCAAACUCAUCUCCUUCCCUCUCUCCUCACUCAAAACCCUAAACCUCACUGCCACCUCUGCCUCACCCAUCAAAUCAACCUCCUCCUCCGACCACACCUCCACCGCCACAAACAGCAUCACCACCACGACCACCAACUCCAUCUCUCCCUCCCCCCAAACACUCAAGUCCCGCCUCCAAAACGGCGAGACUCUCUACGGCCUCUUCCUCCUCUCCUUCUCCCCAACCCUCGCCGAGAUCGCCGGCCUCUCGGGCUAUGACUUCGUCGUCGUCGACAUGGAGCACGGCCAUGGCGGCAUCUCCCAAGCCCUCCCCUGCCUCCACGCCUUGGCCGCCGCUCAAACCCCGGCCAUUCUUCGCUUGCCCGAGGCCUCCGCAGCUUGGGCCAAGAAAGCCCUAGAUCUGGGCCCACAAGGCAUCAUGUUCCCCAUGAUCGAAUCUUCCAAGGACGCCAAGAAGGCCGUCUCCUACUGCCGCUUCCCGCCCGCCGGCGUCCGCGGGUCGGCCCACACCGUCGUUCGGGCCUCCAGCUACGGCAUCGACGAAGGGUAUUUGAGUAAUUACGAGGAUCAGCUGCUGAUCAUGUGCCAGGUGGAGAGCGAGGAAGGCGUGAAGCACGCAGAGGACAUCGCGGCCGUCGAUGGGGUUGACUGCAUUCAGAUGGGGCCGUUGGAUCUGAGCGCCAGCGUGGGGUACUUGUGGGACCCGGCGAACAAGAAGGUUAGGAAAAUGAUGGAGACCGCCGAGAUGGCCGUGCUGGGGUCCGACCCAAAACAGCGCGGGGCCUACUUGGCUGGCUUCGCCAUGCCCCACGACGCGCCUCGCGAUCUCUGGACACGCGGAUACCACAUGGUGUCGGGAGCCGUUGAUGUUGGGCUGUUUAGGAGCGCUGCAGUGGAGGACGUGAAGAGGUUUAAGAUGAACUUGAUCGACGGCUCUGAUGAUGAGCAGGAGCGUGAGAAAGAUGCUGAUGAGAAGUACUGGAGCGAAUGA